AAAUUUAAGUCCCCAACUGAUAAAUCAUGAUAUUAUUGCUUCCUUACUUGCAAAGCAGAUCAGAAAGAAAAGAAAAUCGAGACAAUUUGAAGACAGGAAAUGCGUCCUUCUUGGAGCCUCAUCUUAUACGCACUGCUUGUUUUAUUGACUGCACAAGGGAAUAAUGCCAGGAAGAUUAUUUCUCUUGGAAAUGGGAAAGACAACAAUGAAGACUUGAUUGAUUUGUAUCAAGGCAAUGAGCAUGAUCAUGAUCAUUCAACAUCAUCAUCCCACAUGCAUCACAUGGACCCUGCACUAAAUGUUUUCUUCACCCCAAAAGAUCUCAAUCUAGGGAAAACCAUGCCCGUAUACUUUUCCAAAAAUGACCCUUCUACAUCUCCUAGAAUAUUGCCUAGAGAAGAAGCUGCUUCCAUUCCUUUCUCAAUCUCAAAACUCUACCUUCUUGAAUUUUUCUCCUUCACCCAAGACUCUCCCCAAGCCAAGUCCAGAUACACAUUGACCCAAUGUGAGCUUGAACCCAUCAAAGGAGAGGCCAAGUUUUGUGCUGCCUCCAUAGAAUCCAUGCUUGAUCUUGUAGGUGCCCUCUUUGGAUCAAGCACCAAGUUCAAGGUCUUAACCACAUCCCAACUCAAAAACUCAACUACCCUUUUCCAAAACUACACCGUUUUGGAAGCUCCCAAGGAGAUCUUGGCUCCUAAAAUGAUUGGAUGCCACACCAUGCCUUACCCUUAUGCAGUUUUCUAUUGCCAUAGCCAAGAAAGUGAGAACAGGCUGUAUCAAGUUUUGCUUGGUGGUGAGAAUGGAGAGAGAGUUGAAGCUGCUGCUGUUUGCCACUUUGAUACUUCUCAGUGGGACCCUAGCCAUGCGGCAUUCAGUGUGCUUGAUGGUCAACCUGGGAGCUCCCCUGUCUGCCAUUUCUUUCCUGCUGAUAAUCUUGUUUGGGUGCCACUGCCAGCUUAAUAGUAGCACUGUGGUUUUCAAUUUGUAAAUGCAUGCAUGGUACUAAAACAAUCGUUUCAAUAGCAUAUGUCACCCACAGUGUUAUGCUUAAAGGAGUGAUUGGAUGGUACCGACUAUGAAAUUUUAAAUACUUGAUACAUUAUCAAUAUAUAUAUAUAAUGAUCCAUCGCUGUUUAUUCUAGGUUAUAUGAAUUAAUAUAAACCUAGAUUAUAUUGACA